AUGUUAAUAUUCUUCCUUCUAUUGAUUGGCGUUAUUGUACUCGAUCGUUAUUUGAUUGAUAGAUCGCCUUGGUUACAUUUCGAAUCAAGUACUAAACAGCGAACAGGCGGUAUACCCUUCUGCGAGCAUGAUAGAGCUGGCAAUGUAUUACGAGAACGAGCAAAUUCACUCUCAGAUUUCAGUUUUCUUGCUGUCGGAUUCUACAUGCUUGUUCGAUCAAUCGAAUCCCAGAAAGAAAGUCGUGCAAAACAUACAAUCUUAUCUACAAUUAAUGGAAUUGCUAAUUGUGGACAUGCAAUUGGAUCGGAACUCAAGCAUGCAGGUCGAUGUCAACUUGGACAUCGACUUGAUCUGACAGGAAUGUGA